AUGAAAUGUGGAAUACGCAUGCAUUCAGCGUUAGCCUGUAAUGAAAGAAUUCUAGAGCAAACUAGACUUUGCUACACUGACAGCGCUGACAUUGUGCAAAGUGCCGGUUUAGCACGUUGUGGCGAUGAUUAUACGCACCAAGCAGCAUUGGCCUUCUUUUCAUCCAUGAAACGUUCGGCCAAAGGAAACUACAUUAUGGCGCUGUAG